AGCUCCGAGUCACUGUUGUCAAACUGAACACGAGAGUUUCAAUCUUCGAUGCCGGACCCCGAAAACCUAACCCUAGAACGCCAGACGCCCGAUCAGAACCCUAAACUUGGCGAAGCAGACCAACAAUGGGAGGCAAGGGUUCGAGCUUGGCUCUCGACGAUCCCGGAGGGCAAGACGGUGACCGUGGAUGAGUUCGAAGCUUGGAUCAACGCCAACCAUGCCCUUCUACCUGACCAACUCAAGUCCAUUCCCUUACCAGUGCUCUACGAGCGCUUCAUCCCUAUCCAAAACAGCACGGGACCAUCCGUCGAGGUUCCAGUUGUGAAAACAACCUAUUUACCAAGCAAGGGACAAGCUAGUAAUCUAGUUGAUCCUCAUCAUGCUCGAUUUCAACGUACUGACCAAUGGAUGCCAGUUUAUUCCUGGUUAGAAUCAUUGGAUACAGAUGAGGUGGUCAAGACAAAAGAUAUUUUAGAUUGGUUAUCUGAAAAUCCAGAGGUCAAAGAGCAGUUGUACUCAAGGCAUUCCCGUUAUCAUUUGAUGCACUACGUCAAGAAAUGCCAUGUUAAAAUACUGAAGAGAAAAGAGAAGAAGAAGGGCUUGCAACCAAUCAACAAAACAAAUUCUGUACAGGUUCAAAAAACUGGGGACGCAAUAGUACCAGUACCACUUCCAUGCACUGCUUUAAGCCAUUUGCCCAAAGAUGGCGACUUGUAUAUGGCAAAACGAAGUGAAGCGCUUCGCAAGUACGAAAUUCUGCUGGAGUUGGAGAAGGAGCUUUACACCAUCUUGCCAAACUGUGAAAGGGCCAAGCAGUAACUCAAGGGGUCAUGAUUCAGUGGAAAUUUAUGUGGAAGAAGAUAUGCAUAGAGCUUUGGUAGGGGAGUUAGUUGUAUAGCAGCCUUUUGUAAUCAACUGAGCCUCUCUGUGAUCUGAUGAUUCUGGUGGAUCCCUCUUUUUCCUUUCUUUCUGAUCUAUCUGUCUUAAAAAUCAUCAGAGUAUGCGUUUUGGUAGUUGGUUAUGUAGUUUUUUUUUUUUCCUUUUCUUUUCAUUUCUGUUAUUUUAAAAAUAAAAAUAGGAUUGAUGUUUU